CGUUGACGUCGGUCGCGGGGCCGCCCGGAGCUCCCGGCAUUGGCUGGGAAGUCGAUUGUCUCGGGCGGCUGCUGUUACACUGAGGUUGGGUCUCCGAGCUCUGGAGGAAGCAGGCAGGCGUGUGUUGAAUUUCUCUCUGACCCUCACGGUGGAAUGAACAGGAAGCGACGAGCACCCAGCCCAGGCCCGGCACUUGCCUUUGUUGUGGGGUCAGCCUGCACAGCGCAGUUCAAGUUCUACAUUUGUAACAUCAUCCACUUACAAGACCAUUUCAAGAACUGACAUCAGUUUUCAUACAGCUUAAAAGAAAGAGGAGAGACGCAAAGCACAGAGAGCAGCAGAUCAGACCACACCGAACUCCACUGGAGCGUCGGAGCCGUGGAGGAUGCUGGUUGCCGAGCUGCAGAGGAGGCCCCCGCUCUGAGGGGGAGAGCAGGUCUCACAGAGGCAGCUUCCGCCCCUUCCGGGCUCACCAUGGCCUGCACUCUCUGGCUGGACGGCUGACGUGACUGUGUGCCCCAGGUGUGCACGUGCUGGACUGGGUGCUGUCCCAGGUACCGCCUGCUCUCUGGGAGCAGGGCAGGUGAGCAUCAGAUGCUACCCAAAGCUGGACGGGGCAAAGCAAUGGACUCCGACAAGCUAAGAUGGAAGUGACCUGAGGCCUCGCCCAGGCGGUUUCCUCUUGCCAGGACAGCUCAAUAGUCGGAGCACAGGCUUGUCUGGGGAGCAGUAUGCAGGAAGCUGGUUUUCAGGCCACAAAUGCUUUCACAGAGUGCAAAUUCACCUGCACCAGCGGUAAAUGCUUGUAUCUUGGUUCACUGGUCUGUAACCAACAGAACGACUGUGGGGACAACAGUGAUGAAGAAAACUGUCUCCUGGUGACAGAACAUCCACCUCCGGGCAUCUUCAACUCGGAGCUGGAGUUCGCCCAGAUCAUCAUCAUCAUUGUGGUGGUGACGGUGAUGGUCGUGGUCAUCGUCUGCCUGCUGAAUCACUACAAAGUGUCCACGCGGUCGUUCAUCAACCGUCCGAGUCAGAGCAGGAGGCAAGAGGACCGGCUGCAGCAGGAAGGGCGCCUGUGGCCUACAGACAGCUCUGGUCCUCAGCCUGGUGCCUCGGAGAUCAUGUAUGCCCCGCGGUCUCGGGACAGGUUCACUGCCCCAUCCUUUAUCCAGAGGGACCGGUUCAGCCGCUUUCAGCCCACCUACCCCUACGUGCAGCACGAGAUUGACCUUCCCCCCACCAUCUCCCUGUCUGACGGGGAGGAGCCGCCUCCUUACCAGGGGCCCUGCACCUUGCAGCUCAGGGACCCCGAACAGCAGAUGGAACUCAACCGAGAAUCUGUGAGGGCCCCGCCCAACCGGACCAUAUUCGACAGCGAUUUGAUAGACAUCUCUGUGUACAACGGGGGCCCAUGCCCGCCCAGCAGCAAUUCGGGCAUAAGUGCCAGCACCUGCAGCAGUAACGGGAGGAUGGAGGGGCCACCCCCGACCUACAGCGAGGUGAUGGGCCACUACCCAGGAGCCUCUUUCUUCCAUCACCAGCACAGCAACACGCACAGAGGGGGCAGACUGCCACUUCAGCACGACAGCGCGGGGAGCACGGUGGUGCCCAUCCAGGGCAAGGACAGGAAGCCUGGGAAUCUCGUCUGAUCCUCCAGCAUGCGCUUGAGUGGAGAAGAAGAAACCGAGGACGGAGGAGGACUGCUCAGCUCCUCCGCUCCCGGGCACAGUGUUGUUCAGUUUUACGUGCGACAACUAAGUAAAACCAAAUAUGCAAAUGUGGUCUUUGUUUCUGAUUCCUUUCAGGGGAAUUGCAUGCAAACCAGACUGAAACAAUACAAACUUCCAUCCGGUCUGACCGUCAACAGUGUUUAUUCUGGGGCAGGCGUCGGGAGGGGGGUGGUUUUGGCAAAGGGUGGGCAUGGGAACAGAGAAAGGGGUGCUUUGACUAUAUCAUGAAAUAAAACACAGAGGUAUUUGAUUUAUUUAAUUAUGAAAGGAGACUGCAGAGAAAGAGGCCAGAAUGGCCUUAAAUUUAUAAUUAACUAAAUAAAGAAGGAAGCAUUAUUAUAUAUUAUCAUGGGGAAGAAUUGGCCAGUUUGCUUUUUCUCCCAAGGUGUGGAACUUUUAUUUUGUUUUAAAAAUAUGAUUCAAAAUUCCUGUUUUUGUGUGCCAAGGUAUAAAGUGGGGAAGCUCGAUGAAUGCAAGGAGUUGAUUUGUGUUGUUAUGAUGAUGUGUUUUUAAAAGUUGCACUAUCUUAAUGUUGAAAAUAUAUAUGAGGGAACUGUUUUAUGUGAUGUUCUGUAUGUUGUCUCUUCACCUGUGGAUUAUGAUUAGGCCUAAGGAAUGCCCUGGAGUGCUUCCCGUAAUCAUGCCAGAAAAGAUGUUUAGGGGCGUAGCCUAACAUGCCGACUUGUGUACAUCAAGAAGGUCGUUACUGCUGUGAGAGUCUGCAGCAGAGAGCAGGGCGUCUGAAGCAUGGAGGCCUUUGGGUGUAAGAUAGGAACGCGAAGGUCCAGCACUUGGGACUUGCUGAGUUACUCUGCUAGCCUAGGCCACCUGUUCUGUUAAACGUGACCGACACAUGCAUUGACCAUCCAGUAUCGCAGUGCCCUCGCCCUCCAGCAGUGCAGUUCUUCAGUAACUUAGGUUUGUUUUUUUUCACUGUAGCAUGAAGUAGACUCAUACAUAAUUUUAUGCAAUAAAUUGUUUAAAAUGCAAGGUGAUUAUUUUGAAUACUGUUGAGAUUUGUGACUUCUCAGUGUAUUCCCGUUGUCAGCCUCCUUUUCUAGACAGUUCAGUUCAGUCCUGGACAGCUGGUCAGUGCCCAAGGGGCUCUCAGCGGUUGCUCCGCAUGGAGCCCGCCGGCCUCGGCGUGUGAGCGAUGCUGGUAGUGACUUCUUCAUUGGAAACUCCUGGAAUGGACAGAGGACACCACAUUGCUGAGCAUGAUAACAAGCCAUUGCCCGUCACUAAAUGGGCGCAGCAUUCUCGGGGGAAUGCUGUGCUCACAGCCUACACUCCCGCGGGAGUUCGUGCAGCCUUUGCAGUGUGGCCAGAACUGGACGGUCAGUUCCACAGCAGGGCAGGGCAGGCGGGCGACUCCAAGAGCACAGGAUUAAAAGCACAACAUGCAGUUAAAAUGCAACUAGAAACUAAUUUUAAAUAUUGUUAGUUUUAGUUUUAAUAUUCCUGAUAUUUACAAAAGGUGUUCUUACGUAAAAGAAACAGCUUUCUUUUGGGGAAGAAAGCAUCUGGCUUUUAUAAUAGCACCAGCCAACAAGUUCAACCAAUGCCACACCGCCGCCUGCUCUGCGUGGGUCAGUCCCCUUGGCCUCUGCAUGUAACAAGAUGGAUUGGAAGGAUGACCCAGUGACUGAUCGCUGCCGUUUGGAUGCUGAAUAACACACGCGCUUGAGUCUGUCUGUGGGUCUCAGACGAUCUGUCAGUGAGGUGACUUGGUGCUGUCGGCCGAGAGCUGGAGAGACUGUUCUGAGCUACAAGUCCUGUCCCCUGCCUUCUGCUCCUUUCUGCUGCAGGUUUUUGUUUUGCUUUGAGGAUUGGACUCUUCAUUAAAUUGAUUCAUUUCACCCAGUAACAGCCACAGAACUAGCCAAACUCUUAGAAAGAGAGAAUAAACAGACUCUGUUGGGACGUGUGCGUGCUAAGAGCCGCAGUGGGAAUUCCAAGACUGGGCAGAGCCCCGGGGGGCCCCCCUACCCGGUCAGCUCACUGCCUGGAUCCCAGGCCUGUGCUGGAGGGAAGCUGGCACUCUUUGUGGCAUGGAGCCUUGUCUCACCCUGUCAGGUGAAGGUUAGGAAGCACUUGUGCCUGUCAGGACCCCUGGUGGAGGUGCUGGGUAAAUUAUUGGUCAGGUGUCCCCUCAGAUG